AUGGCAACGUUAUUAUUGCAGUUACAGAGAGUCAUAAGAAGCGGAAGUGUUAAUUUGAUCUCCACACUCCCGCAUUCUUCAUCUUACUCUUCUUCUAGAUCUUUCUCCAAAUCAUCACCCUACGUCGUUAAGGUUGGAAUUCCGGAAUUUCUAAACGGAAUUGGGAGCGGAGUCGAAUCUCAUGUCGCGAAGCUCGAUUCAGAAAUUGGUGACUUCCAGAAGCUUCUUGUUACUAGAACCCUCAAACUCAAGAAACUCGGCAUUCCUUGCAAACAUAGGAAGCUAAUAUUGAAACAUGCACACAAGUACAGGCUGGGAUUAUGGAGGCCACGUGCUGAACAGGUCAAAGCGUGA